AUGGACUUCAAAUCUCUCAUGUCCGCUCAUAUCGCCAAAUCGAAACCCAAGCCCACCCCGUCGCCAUCGACGUCACCCACUCCCGAGGCGGCCACGGCCAACAUCAAAUAUUUGCGCCGCGCAGAGCUGGAAGCCGCACGGCAAGCCGCUUACGUCGCCGAGCAAGAGAGAAUCCAAGCCGAGCGGGAGGAACGGGCAGCCAAGAAGCGCAAACUGGAGGCUGAAGAGCAAGACAAGGCCGCGCGGCGCGAGGAGAAAUUGAGACGAUUGGCAGAGGAGAGCAAGCGGAGACGGGAAGAGGAGGAACGGGAGGAGGAGCGAAAACGGAGGAAGAGACUAGGCCUACCUGACUUGGUCGACGGCCAGAAAGCCAUCGAAGACGGAUCAGCAGCCGACGUCGACCGGGUCGGAAUCAGUGAGGACAUAGCCGAUGACGAGCUCCGGUCAAAACUACGAGACCUGCACGAGCCUACUUCCCUCUUCGACGAGGACCACUCCGCACGCCUGAAACGAUACUACGCCCUGAUCCGCCAGAAAGCAUUGACAAAGGCUUCGAAAUCCAUGACGAAAGGCCCCGUUCCAACGACAUUGGAACCUCUCCCAGAAAAGGACCUACUCCUGCCCGAAACGAUCCCGGAGGCCACAUCAUCGCCCGAACGCACAUUCCUCUACCGCCAGGUAGCCUCGUAUUUCACCCUCCUUCUCACCGAAUGGGCCCGCGCCCUGAACGAACGAACCGACCAAGUCAAGCAGUCAUCUUCGGGAAAGCAGGCCUAUCAAGCGUACCUGACCGUCCUGCGCGACCUGACGCCCUUGUUCCGACAACUGGAGUCCGGCAGCCUGGACCACUCGCUCCUCGCGUCCAUCUGCAAGAUCCUCCGCAGCACGCAGUCCCGCCGCUACGUCGAAGCCAACGACGAGUACCUGACGCUCAGCAUUGGCAAAGCCGCCUGGCCCAUCGGCGUGACCAUGGUGGGCAUCCACGAGCGGUCGGCGCGCGAGAAGCUGCACGACGGCAACGCCCAGGCGCAUAUCAUGAGCGACGAGGUGACGAGGAAGUUUUUGCAGAGCAUUAAGCGCUGUAUCAGCUUCGCGCAGACGAGGUGGCCGCCUGAAGAUCUGGGGCAGUUGAUGGGCUAA